AUGGCUGCUGCUAACAUGCUGACUCAUCGUGAUCUGGCUGAUGGUAUGGAGCCGGAGCUUGCAUUGAAUUGCAAGGAAGAGUUUGACGAAUGGCUAGCUGAUCGGGGUCAAGAAACUUGUUUGGGUGCUCUCUCCCCCAACUUUCCCCUUUCUGAAUAUCAAAUGUGGGGAAUUAGCUGUGACUUACAGAAAGAGGCUCUCCGAGUUCUUCUACCAUGGCGACCGCUUAGAAUUGAACUCAUGCAUACGUAUAUCCAUACAGUCGACCCGAAUUUGUCCAAUAAGAUGAAAGACUGCCAAAUGCUCAUUGAUGUCUACAGAGGGAUUAUUAAUUAUCUGCUCAGUUUUUGCAUUGACGAAACAACUUAUGCAAUAUCGGGUUUUGAGAGCGUCAGAAUCGCGAGAAAUGUGUAUGACGCCUGUAAAUGCCUGAUGCUUACGGAUGACCAGCUCAGAGGUGUAAUGUUGGCGCUACAUGAUGGCAUGGAGAAAGGUCUCAGAAAAGGAACUCCUCCUGGUAUUGGCCUUAAAAUGCUUCCAUCGUACGUACGUGCUAUCCCGAAUGGUACAGAAUACGGAGACUUCUUAGCGUUAGAUCUUGGAGGAACAAAUUUCCGUGUGCUUCUUAUCCGGCUCAGAGGAACUGAGGCCGAACUGUGUGGUAAAAUCUUCGAAAUUCCAAGUGCUAUCCAAAAAGGAACAGGUGAAGCGCUCUUCGAUCACAUAGCUCAUUGUAUUGCUUUGUUCACCGAGGAACAGUUUGGCGACAAAAAGAAGAAGCUCCCAUUGGGAUUCACCUUUUCAUUUGCAACUCAAAUUGAAGGUCUGACAAAAGGAAAAUUAAUACAUUGGUCAAAAGGAUUCUGCGCUAGCGGUGUCGAAGGGAAAGAUGUAGUUCGCUUGCUGAGAAAGGCAUGCAAGAAGCGUUCGGAUGUUGACAUAGAUGUUGUCGCAAUUCUCAAUGAUACUGUUGGAACUCUGAUGGCAUGCGCAUUCAAGGAAAGAAAUUGCCAGAUGGGUGUAAUCGUUGGAACAGGAACAAAUGCAUGUUACAUGGAAAAACUUCGAAACGUCCCGAAAUUGAAGGGUGAAUGGGAAAACGACGGCCUUCCUGAUGAGAUGAUUAUUAAUAUGGAAUGGGGAGCGUUUGGUGACGACGGCUGUCUUUCUUUCGUUUACACGGACUACGACAGAGAGGUUGAUGGAAAGAGUAUUAAUCCUAAGAUGCACUUAUUCGAAAAAAUGAUUUCUGGGAUGUACAUGGGCGAAUUGGUUCGCAUUGUUCUGGAACUCCUGGCAAAACAAGGUGUUCUCUUCAAAGGAGACUAUUUUGCGAUAUCGAAAAGAGAGUGUUUUACAACGAAAUUUGUGUCUGAUGUUGAAACUGAGAUGGAAGAAGGAGGACGGCUAAGAUCUUUCCCGAAAACACGGGAAAUUCUCAGACAGAUUGGUGUCAGAAAUAUUAGCGAUGAUGACUGUCAACAUGUGGCUUAUGUUUGCGCGGUGGUUAGUAGAAGAGCAGCUUAUCUCACUGCCGCUGCUAUUUCACAAGUGCUGAAUCGAAUGAGACGUCCUUAUAAAGUUACCGUUGGUGUUGAUGGAUCUGUAUAUCGUUUCCAUCCUUCCUUCAAACGACUGUUAGACGAAAAAAUUGGUAAUCUGGUUGAUAGAGAAGUCCAAUACAAACUUAUGCUGUCUAAAGAUGGUAGCGGCAUUGGAGCAGCCGUAGUGGCAGCCGUGGCUACACGAAUCAAAAAGGAGCUGACCAGUCGAUCUGAGAAGACUAGAUAA